AAGAGAAGAUGGUUAGGGUUUCAGCCAACCCUCUGCUCUCUGAACCUCCUCCUGUGGCUGCUGGAAGGAAAAGAGGGGGAGGGAGACAAAGUCUUCCAGCUGCCACAGAGGAAACGGAAGGGACGAAACAGAAAACUAAUUUCAAAACUUCAAGUCUAUGCUCAAGCAUCGCUGUCUGAGAUCUUCUUCUUCUUCCUCUGAACCUUUUAUGGACCUUUUCUGAAAAUUCCACCUUUGUUUCUACAUUUGUUUCUAAUCUCCAGUUGUUUCUGUGGUUGUGGGGGGGAAAAGCCGCCACCCUAAAGAGAAGAAAGACAGCUAAUCCACUGCAAGGAGAUGUCCCCCCAGCCACAGGUGACAAGGAAUUUCCAGGAGUUCCUCAAGAGCUUUUUUGGGAUUAUACGAAUCCUUCAGAUUCUCCUGGGAGCUGGUCUUUGGGUCACUGUUGCCACCAGCAAGUAUGAGGGCUCCGUUCACUUUGUUCUCUUUGUGGCCGUGUUCUUCUGGCUUCUCACACUCGCCCUCUUCUUUCUCACUCUGCUGAACAAGCAGGACCUGGUACCCAUCCUAGGAGGAGAACGGUGGUUGUUAACCAAUGUGAUACAUGACUUUGCUGCUACAUUGCUUUAUUUGUCUGCAAUCGGCAUCAUGAUCUACAAAACAUCAAAGAACUCCUACUGCAAUUUGCCACAAUACAAGCACACAUGUCUGUACAUCGUCUACCUCACUGGCUCUGUGUUCGCCUGCCUGACUGCCAGCGCCUACCUUCUCUCAGCCAUAUACGGCUCCUGCAGAAAGUGCCGGGGUGAGCAGACCGUGGUGUAAAAACCCAAGACAGGACACAUGAGGGAUGGGGGAGGGCCACUUCUCCUUCUUGCUGAGAGCCCUGAGAGGGAAAACAACAGCCCUUUUCUAGGUUGCAUACAGCUGACUUUUGGAAAAAUAUAUUUUCUUUUCUUUUAAAGCAGAGGGUUUGACCCCCUUGUCUCAGGCUUCCAGGUUGGUCGAUUCCGUAUAAAAUAAUUUAAACUCAGUUAUACCUUCAGCAGCCACCAAAAAAUGUAUUUUAUUUUAUAUUUGUAUGUUUCUAGCUAGUUAUGUAACAGUUACGUAACAGAGGUUUAUAUUUUCUUUUACAUUUUCUGUUGCAAUGACAAACCAACAAGCAAUCUGAUAUGUCAAGUCUGUAGCAUUUAAAAAAAAAACAUCAUUUUAAUUACAGCUGUCUUUUUGCAACUGAUCAUGGAGAAGAUACAUGUGUUGGUGUGAUACAUACUGUAUGUGUUCAGAGUCUAGCAGAAUGAAUAACAUCAUGUCAAGAAUGUCACUAACAAUAUCCUUUGCUUAACACGCACACAGCAACAAUGCUAUAUAAAAACAUCCUUCUGUAAGUAUUUAUAUUUCACUCAAAACAACUGUCAGUCUGAACAAAUAAUGAAUAAAAAGUAAAUGAUCACCUGAAAA